UUGUUGUAAACACUGUUCCCAAUGUUUAUGGUGCUCUCUCUACGGGAUAUAUGUAACUCUGGGCCUAAAGUUGGAUCACCAUCCGUGGCAUAAAUGGCGGAUCAGGAGGAAAUAAAGGAGCCGACCCAAGAUGAUGGCCUGGCCAGCGUCCAACAGUCUCGCCAGGAUUCCUCGAGCAUGCUAAACCUCAUUGACGCCAGUUCCUUCAGUAUGCCGCCUCCGAACCUUCACUCCUCGAAGGCGAUCAAUCCGAAUAAGGCCAUUUUCACCAUAGAUGCCAACAGUGGACAGAUUUUCAUUGUCAACAACAAGGCCUGCCAGUUGCUGGGCUUCACAUCCCAGGAGCUCCGGAACAAGAGCUUCUUCGACCUGCUGAAUGGCAAGUCGGAGAGCCACAUUUCCUCGCUGGCCGAGAUGCAGAUCGACAGUGACGAGGGUCGAGUGGUGCUGCUAAGCGGCAAGGUUAUCGAGAUGCUGACCAAGUCGGGCGCCAAGAUUCUGGUUUCCCUCUGGAUUCGUCAGAUCAAUAGCGACGGCAGGCACAUAGCCGUGGCCGAGCCCGUCCAGAGACACAUUUGCCACAUCGGCAUCGAUCGAGGUGGGGUUAUAACUUCUGCGGAUGCCACCACAGCGACCAUUUUCCUAUACGAAUCCACCGACAAUGUUUUGGGCAUUAAUAUAGCCACACUGAUACCGUUCAUAAAGCUACCCGAUCCCGACGGCCGGGAGAUACCGAAAAGUCUGCGUAAACAGAGGGCCACAGGACGAACUACGGAUAAUGUGAAAUUUCCCUUGUGCCUACUCUUAAGUUUGGAAGAAACUCCGUCUACGGGCUAUCCUAGUACUGCCAGUGGCACUUUGUUCAACAUAACCGUUUGGGUGUUCCUUAACCUCAGUGGCCUAAUAGUUGUCGACGAGAUGGGCAACAUCCAGACCUGCAACCAGCCAUUUUCACUGCUCAUGUUCGGUUACGGCCAGGAUAAGAUAACGAACAUGCAUAUUUCGGCGAUUUUGCCGAAUUUCGGAAAGGACUCGCGCGAGGACAAGAGUCCAAACGUUUCGAACACCUCGAUUACCAGCAACGACUGGGAACCGGACACGGAUCCCUUUGUCCUGGAUAACGAUUCCUCGCUGCAGUCAUGCAGGAAGAACGCCGCCAAGGCGGCCAACGAAUCCUCGGCCAAUGAUUCGCAUCCGGAGAUCAGGCCAGAUGAUUGCACCAUCGACGAUAUACUAACACCGGUGAAUGCCUCGUACAGUUUCCCCGCCGACGACUUCGACGUCGGAUCCCACUCACACAUCAACGAGAUGUCCCUGGACAAGGCAAAGUCCACGUCCACGGACACGUGCGAUGCCUCGUGCAGUAAUCCGACGGCCAACCGACUGCUCAGCUCCAUCAAUGGAAGCUUUGUUGGGGAGGCCAUCCAUGCGGAUGGAACAGUUAUCGAUGUGGUCUACUCGGUGCUGCUCCAAAUCCUGCCCUGCACCAGUCGGGUGUACUGCAUCUGGGUGUGUCGGAAUCCAGGCACUCGGCUGGAUGGCGACAAUUACAGCUAUGCAAAUUUUACGUCCACUUUCAACAGCAUGGCCAGCACCAUAGAGCAGUCCCUGGGUCAGGUGAUAAAGACCACGGCGGCCCAGAAUUCCAGCCGCCCAAACUCCCUCUCGCUGGCGUGCAAAUACGAGGAGGAACUAUAUCUGGGGGAAUACAGCAAGUACUACACCUCCAUCCGGCAGAUUGGAAGAGGUGCCUACGGCUAUGUGAACAUGUCCUUCCGGAACUCCGAUCGUCUGCUGGUGAUCACCAAGUUUAUACUGAAGGAGAAGCUCUGUCCGCAGUUCAUGGUCAAGAACCGGGAGGGCAAGGAGGUUCCUAUCGAAAUCCAGUUGUUGCAGACCCUGGACCAUAAGAACAUUGUCUCCGUUCUGGAUGUGUUCGAGAAUGAGCUGUUCUACCAGCUGGUAAUGGAGAAGCACGGUUCCGGCAUGGAUCUCUGGACUUUCAUUGAACGCCGUCCCCUGAUGGAUGAGAAGCUGGGUAGCUAUAUUUUUCGGCAGAUCUCCGAUGCUGUUAACUAUUUGCAUGAAAAAAAGAUCCUGCAUCGGGACAUCAAGGACGAGAACAUCAUUAUUGAUCAGAACUUUAUUAUAAAACUGAUUGAUUUCGGAUCGGCGACUUUUAUGGAAGAGGGGAAAUAUUUUUCCACGUUCUACGGAACGACGGAGUACUGCAGCCCGGAGGUCCUGGCCGGCAAUAGAUACAUCGGCCCGGAGCUGGAGAUGUGGGCCUUGGGAGUCACUCUCUACGUUCUUAUGUUUUUCGAGAAUCCAUUCAUCGACGUGGAGGAGACCCUGAAAGCCGAAAUCCAGAUACCAAAAGUGGUAUCCGAGGCUCUAACUCGCCUUCUGAGUUCCAUGCUGAACAAGGAUCCCAAGUACCGAUGUACAAUGCAUCAGCUAAUAACCGAUCCCUGGAUCACGCAGGAAGUCAACGCCGGCAUGUUUAACUUUUCGUGGAUUGUUCCGUGCAAGGCACACGAGGCCAAUCCGGAUUUAUACUUCUCCGGCUACCUGUACUCCAGCACAUCGGUGCUGUCGACCAUCUCGCCGCAGGAGAGUUUCUCCCACAUCGAAGAGUGCUCCAUCGGAGGAAGUGAGGAGGCGAAGCUGGUGUCCCAACGAACUGGCCUUAAGUUGUGUAUUAACGAAGGUAAAACCAACAAAAUGGACACCUUGUAUGCCAAGCAGUGUCAGCUGAACUCCUCGGUGAGCAAUCACGAGCUGAGAGGCCCCCUACUGGAGUCCAGCCGGACGAAAAUCGGGACAUCUAUAAGCUCCUCGAAGUCGGAGAACGACAUCUUUAAGAACAAGCUGGAGCCCUGCGUGUCGGCCUAUAAUGUAGUUAGCUUGCACGACGUGAGCACGAAACCUAAAACGCUUAAUCUAAAGUAAAACGCAGAGUCUAAUAUUUGUUGUACAUGUGUAAAUCUAAACUAAACAUACGGCCAUGUGUAAAUAGCAACAUCUGUGAAAAGGACAAUUAAGGAUCGAAGGCGGAACAGUAGAUGAAAAUAAACCAAUUUUAUUGUUA